AUGGGCGUUGCUAAGGUUGCUUUGGAAAGCGCAUUUGUAAAAGAAGAAAAAGUUAGACUUGUCCAAGUGCUUGUAAUUGACGGUGCAUCUCCCUCGCGUUUGAUCUCAUUGAUUCGCGCCGGUUCCCGGAUCCAUAACCCGCGUUUAAAUAGCGUGGCAGCGGCUGAGCGUGUUACCACACAAGGCGCGCAGAGGCCGGGCUGCCACAAUCUCUCCAGACGCGCCAACUUGGGACGGGCUCUCGACCUUCGCGGUCCCCUGGCGCAAGGUCAGGAAACAGGGACCAAGGUCCUGGGGCAGACGGCGCGGUCGAGGGCCUGGAACGCCCAGCUGCCAGGGCGUCCUCGCCCCCCCCCCCCUUCUUCUCCCGCUCCCCACCCCUGGCAGCACCUCCCCGCGAGCCGCGCGGGUUCGCGCCGGAGUCGCCGUGCCGCGCGGGAUCCAAUGUCCCAGCGCACCCACAUCUCCCGCGGCGCGCGGCGAGCAGAAAAGCGAAACUUGUUGCUUCCAAAGGGAAAAACGGUUCUUCUGAAGGUAGCAGAAAGCUUGAAAAGCAUCUCCAAGGCGUCCUCUGGGCUUUACGUGCUAAACCAGGCAGGCACAGCAGCGGGGGAAACGAGGAUGGACACGGUCGUGGAGAAGUCGGUGGCCGGAGGAGCCUCGCCAGGGUCCGCCGAGCUGCGGGGCAGGUUCGAAGGGAACUUGACCCUUCGAUCGUGGUAACACGCCGAGGUCAUUUGCAGUAUGAACGUGCUAUAUUGGAUUGGUGAAUUCUGAUAUUUAAGA